UAAGUAGUUUUUUUAGUUGUUUUUUUAUUAGUCAUUCGCUUCCCAGGAAAACAAUUGGUACCCAUUUGAGAAGAAGCUGAAAUGGGAAAAAAGUCCAACGCAGAUUCACUAGAAAAGUCGGAGACUUCAAAUGGAAGAGGAGGCAAGCUCGGUUCAAUGUUGCCAAAGAUUGAACCUUUUGUGCCUAAAAGAGAUCAAAACCAUAACCCAAGGGAGUUGAGAUCUUGGGCUAAAAGAACCGGCUUUGUGUCUCACUUAUCUGGAGAAACCGGCACCGCUAGUUCCACUGAAAGAUUCGACAGUUCCACUGUGUCUAAUGUUGAAAGGAGUGGCCGUGAUCAUAGAGCAGGUAGGUCAUCUCCAAAAACCGAGACUGACACGGUAUUGGGCCGGAGUAGACUCAAUAUAGGAACUGAAAUCGAAAUGGAUCCUGGGUUCGGAUCGGGAUCCAGGCAAGGAAGGAGGGCAGUUGCAGAUGAGAAUGGGAAUAAUGGUUUGGGAGAGAAAGUUGAGGAAAGGAAACCUGGGUUAAAUGGAAAUGGGAAUGGAGUUGCAAGUGUUACACCAGUAGUUGAAGAGAAGAAUGAGGGAGAAAAGGGUGAAAGGGAUGUGGAAACUGGGAUGUUUCCAGGAGCUGAAGAGCAGGGCCAUGAAGGCUGGAAUGGUAAUCAUCCCGGGUUGAAGGUCGGGUUGAGAGAUAAUCCGGGUUUUGGAGCACUAAUAUAUUACGGCCUGCAGCACUUUUUAUCAUUGGCGGGCUCACUUAUAUUUAUUCCAUCGGUUAUGGUACCAGCCAUGGGCGGAACAGAUAAAGAUACUGCCACUGUGAUUUCUACAAUGCUGCUAAUUUCUGGCAUUAGUACAAUUCUGCACUCCUACUUUGGUACCCGGCUUCCAUUAGUUCAAGGUAGUUCGUUCAUCUAUCUGGCACCAGCACUAGUUAUCAUCAAUGCUCGAGAUUAUAGAAACCUCUCUGAACAUAAAUUCAGGCACAUAAUGAGAGAGUUGCAAGGAGCUAUAAUUGUCGGUUCAGUAUUCCAAAGUAUCUUGGGAUUCAGUAGUUUGAUGUCACUUUUACUGAGAUUGAUUAACCCAGUUGUGGUUGCCCCAACUGUUGCCGCUGUCGGUUUAGCAUUCUUCAGCUACGGUUUUCCACAAGCUGGUAGUUGUGUAGAAGUCAGUGUUCCAUUGAUAUUGUUGGUUCUUACAUGCACCCUUUAUCUUCGAGGAGUAUCCAUUUUUGGGCAUCGAUUUUUCAGAAUAUAUGCAGUUCCUCUGAGUGUUAUGCUUACAUGGAUAUAUGCAUUUCUUCUGACAGCGGGAGGAGCUUAUGAUUACAAAGAUUGCAGCCCUGACAUUCCGAGUUCAAACAUUUUACUUGACGAGUGUAAAAAACAUGCAUAUACCAUGAAGCAUUGCAGAGCUGAUGUUUCGAAUGCAUGGAGAGCUGCUGCUUGGCUUAGAAUUCCGUACCCUUUACAGUGGGGUGUCCCUAUCUUCCAUGUCCGGACGUCUUUGAUUAUGAUCAUUGUGUCACUUGUUGCAUCAGUGGAUUCGGUCGGAACAUAUCACUCUGCUUCUUUACUAGUCAGUUUGAAGCCUCCAACUCCUGGAGUAGUGAGCAGAGGCAUUGCAUUGGAAGGUUUCUGUAGCCUGCUGGCUGGAAUUUGGGGUUCGGGUACCGGCUCAACAACUUUGACAGAAAAUACUCAUACAAUAAAUAUAACAAAGAUGGCCAGCCGAAGAGCUGUGGUAUUCGGAGCACUUUUCUUGAUCCUCUUCUCAUUUGUAGGAAAAGUCGGUGCAAUUCUUGCUUCGAUACCACUGUCCUUGGCUGCUGCGAUUUUGUGCUUCAUGUGGGCCCUUGUUGUGGCCGUCGGCCUCUCAACCUUGCAAUACACUCAAACAGCAAGUUUUAGGAACAUGACGAUAGUCGGGGUGUCUUUGUUACUCGGUUUGUCCAUUCCUGCUUAUUUCCAACAGUACCAACCCAUGUCGAGUUUGAUGCUGCCAAGUUAUUUCGUUCCAUAUUCAGCUGCAUCCGAUGGACCAGUCCACACCACUAGUGAACAACUUGAUUUCGCUGUAAAUGCACUAAUGUCCAUGAGCAUGGUGGUUACAUUCUUGGUAGCAUUUAUACUCGACAACACUGUCCCGGGCAGCCGGCAAGAACGUGGGGUGUACAUUUGGUCACGUCCUGAAGAUGUUGUGACCGAUCCAUUAUUGCAAUCAGAUUACUCCCUGCCUGGAAAAUUUGCCUCCCUUUGUUGUUGUUCGAGAUGUUUGCGUACGUAAUAUUUGGCACAAGGCAGCUCGUGACUCAACUAGAAGUUCCAUCCUGGUCGGGGACUAGAAGUAAGUUUCUCGAUAUCGCGCAUAAGUGAUCUCGACGAUGGUUCGGGUCAGUGAGUGGGCUAGAAGAAAUACAUGAUGAUUCUUUUGCAACAUGAAAGUCGUAAUAGUAGAAUUAGUAAUAACAUCUUUGUAACUGAUUUUCCAUUUGAAAGGUUUGGAAGGUAGUUUGUUCGAUAA